UAAAUCGAAUUUUAGAAGAAUACAUAAAUGGCUCGCCCUUCCUCUAACGCUAAGCUUUUCUCUGCUUUCCUUGUUGAUGGAAUCUCUAACGUUGUCUCCAGACGAGGAUAUGCGGCGGCAUCAUCACAAGGGAUUGUGUCGAGUGGAAUAAGAGGAGGAGCAGGGAGGAGCUCGGCGGCGGCGAAGGAAGAGAUAGCAGGCGGAGCUAAAGAGAAGGUUUCAUGGGUACCCGACCCAGUUACCGGUUGCUAUAGACCCGAGAACUCUGCUAAGGAGAUCGACGUGGCCGAGCUCAGAGCCAUGCUGUUGAAGAAGAACUAAAUGAAAGAU